UUGGGCGUGGGGUUAUACACGUCCAUUAACCCGGCUCCUGGGAGACUAGAGUCAUCUUCUCUGUGCUCCACUAGAGCAACUCCUGUCUGGCGCGUCCUUGUCGCGGGGGUGGGCAUCGCACACUUCAGUAGGCCGAAGGGUGUAGAUGGCGAAGUUCAGCAGGGACCCAAUUCUGCGGGGUAUAUCGUAGAGCCCGUGCCCAGGGGCUUUACGGGUGAAGACCUCAACGGUGGAAAGAGCGGAGACAAUAGUUGUCGGUACGGUCCAACCAGUGGAGGAGGCAAGCCACAGGGGCGUUGUACCUGGAUCCUGAUGGAGGGCAGCGGUAGCCAUCAGUACUGUAGUGAAGCGUAA